CUCACUACACGCUGGCCGCCUUACUUCUUUACUUCUGAUCAACGCACUGGGAUGAUUCUGUGUUUUCUUGCUGCCUCCGACUGAUCAGCAAUUCUCUGUGACUGUCACAUCCAGACUAUUUGCUGACUUUGCUGGGAGAACGGUCCUGGGAUGCCUUCUAAGGUGAAAAUUCCCCUCAUUGUUUCCAUUUUGUUUCUUUUGAUCAGCAUAUCUGUUAUCAUUGCCAUUGCCUAUGUUCAGAUUCACCAGGAGCGGUCACUUUCUCCUGGUUUAAAGUAUGGCAUAGUGCUGGAUGCAGGAUCUUCAAGGACCACAGUAUAUGUGUAUCAAUGGCCGGCUGAAAAAGAAAACAAUACCGGAGUAGUAAGCCAGACCUUCAAAUGCAACGUUAACGGCCUCGGGAUUUCCAGUUAUGCGGGCGAGCCUGAAAAAGCGGCCCAGAACAUUGACAGCUGUAUGAAGAAAGUUAUAAGUAUCAUUCCUUUUAAUCAGCAGAACAGCACGCCUGUAUAUCUAGGAGCCACAGCAGGGAUGAGGCUUCUCAGGUUGAAAAAUGAAAGUGCCGCUCAAGAAGUCCUUACCAGUAUUGAGAACUACUUCAAAACCCAGCCAUUUGAUUUUAGAGGAGCUCACAUCAUUACGGGUCAGGAGGAAGGGCUGUACGGAUGGAUUACAGUCAACUAUUUAUUGGGAAAUUUCUUGGAGAAAAACAUUUGGAGCGCUUGGGUACGUCCAGACGGAGCAGAGACCACUGGAGCGCUGGAUUUGGGUGGUGCCUCCACACAGAUCUCAUUCAUUCCAGAGAAGUCAGAGCAGAAACCCAACAGCACGUUGGAGGUGACUCUGUACAGCUAUAAGUACAAUGUGUACACGCACAGCUUCCAGUGCUAUGGGAGGGAUGAAGCGGAGAAACGACUGCUGGCAUCAUUAACUCAGAGUUCGCAGGGGAAACCUCACAUAGAAAAUCCAUGCUAUCCUCAGAAUUACGAGGUGAAUUUAACAAUGAAUCACAUAUUUGGAAGCCUUUGUUCCGCAUCUUUCCGACCAGCAAGUAACAAUCCAGAGCGCCUCGUUAGUUUUAAAGGAACAGGCAAGCCAGUCCAAUGUAUGGAGAGAGUGUCUACUCUGUUCAAUUUUGCUGCAUGCCAUGGGAAGCAGGACUGCUCAUUUGAUGGCGUUUACCAGCCCAAGGUGAAGGGACCCUUUUCGGCAUUCUCUGGAUUUUAUUACAUAGCCAAAGCUUUAAAUCUGACUGGGAAUUUCCAAUUAAAUGAACUAAACUCAAGUAUGUCUUCUUUCUGUAGUCAAGAAUGGAGCAAGCUUCCACAUAUCCUACCCAGAUUUGAUGAAACCUAUGCAAGAUCCUAUUGUUUUUCGGCUAAUUACAUCUACCAUCUAUUAGUCCACGGCUAUAAAUUUGACAGUGAAUCUUGGCCACGAAUUCUGUUUCAGAAGGAGGUUGGGAAUAGCAGCAUUGCAUGGUCCUUGGGUUACAUGCUCAAUCUCACCAAUAUGAUUCCCGCAGAGAGACCCCUGAUUCUUCUUCCCAUGAGACCCACUGUCUUUGCUGGACUUCUCUUCUUGUUCGCAGCGAUAUCAUUACUGUGUCUCAUACUCUUUGUGAUUUUGCUUGUCCGGUCUUGCUAGGCCAGUCUUCAAGGCCUACCUGAAUGACUAAAGGAAGGACCUAGGUUAUACAGGAAGCUCACGGAAUCACCUGUCAGGAAGCAUUCUUCCUUGGAAACUCUAUAUACAGUGGCAAAUAAGGUGUGCCAGGGCUCAGCCGAAUAGUACGUGGGUGACAAGGGACAAGAGAGUGAACAAUGUCUAUGGUCUGGGAAACCAAGAUGGGAUGCUAAAGCAAGACAUUAAAAACUGCUCUCAACAUAUAUUUCACAUUAAACCUGUGGACAACAAUGGAUGUACAGAUGUACAGAAUAUAGAAUUUGCAUAUUUGUCACUCAGAUUUUCUGUAGAAACAUUUCUCAUAUAUCACUACUUGUGUGAAUAGUUUCCAAUUAAAGGUUGUCUCACUUCAGGGAAUGGCAUUUAUCAUGUAGAGAAAGGCACUUACUAAUGUAUCGUGAUUGUCCAUAUUGCUUCCUUUGCUGGUUGGAUUCAUUUUUUCAUCACAUUAUACACUGCUCGUUUCCAUGAUUACAACCACCCUAAAAAUCCAGCAGUGCUGGUCGUGCUUUCACACUAUAGGAUAAAGUGGCGUCCUCUCUGGUGGCCGGGACUGUGGAAGUGCGCAUAGGCCGGCACCUUUUCGUAUAGUGUGCAAGCAUGACCACCCCUGCUGGAUUUUAAGGGUGGUCGCAACUAUUGUUAGGUGAAUCGAAGUAUCCAAAGUGGACUUUGAUCAGAAAUUUUCUGGAAAAAUUUGAUUCACCUGUGCACGAAGAGCCCGUCGGGGGCAUCUUGAUUGAAGAUACUAUUUGCAAUCUUGCAUGCGGUGAUGUAUGACAUCACCACGCUUGCCUGCGUGAUGUCAUCACGUCACCCUACACAACAUUUUGUAUGGUGGCUUCAAUCAAGAUGGCCAAGGCAGCCUCUUUGCAAUCGAAUGGUGAGUAUUUUUUAUUAACUGAUAAACCCCCAAAAGCAUCAUUUUUAAUCUCUAAUGCCCCCUCAGAAUGCGGUAUCUGAGGGGUUCAACGACGGGGGGAGGUGCAAUCGCCGUUCCCCAUCAUCGCGCCCGCUACAUAAAAAGAAGUGCACUUUUAUAUACCGUAUUUUUUGCCCCAUAAGACGCACUUUUUCUUCCCCCAAAAUGGGGGAGAAAUGCCCCUGCGUCUUAUGGGGCGAAUGCGUGCAGUUUAGAGCGAGCGGGGACUCGGGGAGGGACUGGGAGGAGGAGCUGGGGGCUGGCAAUAGCGGCCGGGCGGUGCAGUCAGUGUAAUAUAGCACCGCCCCAGCCGCUCCGGUUAAAUCAGAUGUCAUAUUGAAUUAAUACUUAUUAAACAUGCCCCCUUAGUCCUAUUACUACCUUAAUUCCUAAUCGCGGCAGUAGAAUUCAGGCAGGCCGGUGUCGAUCUGUGGAUGGCACAGUUAUGG